CUUGGAUUUUUAGGUCAGGACAACUAAAUUUUGCGCAUACUCGGAGGCACGUGCAAGACAGUGGCGGGUGACAAAUCAAUUGACUGCUCUGACAUGUUUGACGUCAGUACAGCUAAACUAAGCAUGGAUAUUUCCCAAGUAUGUAACUAUAGUUUCUCUGGGUUUCUAAAUCCAGUUUAGCAGUAGUCUCAAAAAUAGUUGGGUAAAGUUUACUUCUACUUCAAGUCCAGCCAAAAGUCGCUGUUCGGAAGAAAAUCUUUUUGUUUUUUUAAUUGAAGGUAAAAGUAGCUGACCUGACAUGUGCAGUGUUUACAUUGUAUCGAUUGAGUCCAUCGCCGUUUCUGUGUUGUUGUUUUUUUACUUUUAUCACACAAAGCAUUUAAACCUCUUAGACCACACAACGUUUCAACAUGUAUUUUAAUUUACUUUCUUGCACAAAACGUAUGAACUGAUCUAGUAGAGACACGCUGUUCCCCGCAAAAUUAAUGGCUGGCAAAAUUGAAAAUGCAUUAACCGAGCAACAAGUUUGUGCGUUACGACGAGGGCAAGUUGCUCUGCAUUGUCCUUUCGAAGUGUUUUCGAAAAACAUAACGAUUUGUGCCUGCAGUCCAUACUUGGAAGAAUUGGUUUUGGAAAAAGUUGAAGUGGGCGCUCCCUCGCUGUGGGUGUAGUUUAGCAAAGAAGAGGGAGUUUCUGUAGCGGGGCACUAGCAAUGUACAGUCAGUCAAGCGCAUUUAAACAUAAACACAGCUAAUAGUUCACUAAAUGAAUGUUGAGGAGCAUGCUGCAAGAUCAACAUUGAGUUUAAACUAUUCGACGUCACGAAUGCCUAUUGAGGACGGAAACGUUUAAACGGCGGAAUGGUGAACUUUGAAGUGAGCUGAAUGAACCCGUCCGACUUGGCGCGUUGGUGAAUCACUUUUUCCACGAAGAUAGCCUAUAGUUAAACGGGGGAUGUAUUUGCCGCUUUUGCAAGGAGAGAAAAGUUGUCUUACUGGGGCUGUGGAGAAGUGGAGAAGGUUCCCUGAUAUUUCGUGCUUGAACGAACAAGGCCCGUGCUGUGGACAGGAACAUGAACAGGUGGAAGUGUCAUCUGAAUGCAUAAAACGAUGCGCUGGAUUUGAGAACUGGAUUGGAAGGGGUGACGAAAACUUUUAGGCUACUUGGGUGUACUUCGGUGUCACUCAGAAAUGGAGUAACACCGCGAUUCACUGACACUGGCACUUCAGUCCACUUUUUAAAAAAGUUUUAACAUGAACAUUUUUCUCGUUGUGGAUCGGUUUGACGGGAGUUUGACGUUUCGCCGGGAAAUGCUGGUGAAGCUAUAGUUUUUGGAUCAUACUGGGACGCGCAUAUGGAACUCCAGGUGGUGUGUGGAUUGUUCUACUGUUUUCUCCUGCCGGCGUUCUUACUUGCAGCCUGCCUGUUCCGCUUCAAUGCCCUGUCUCUGGUGUAUCUCCUGUACCUGCUGCUGCUGCCCUGGUUCCUCUGGCCCAAUGAGCGCUCUCUGCGAGGCCACACGGGACGUUUCACCAAGGCCCUGUUCGGCACCAGCCUGCUCUUCCUCCUGGCACACGUGACCUUUCAGAUCUGCCUCUACACCGUCCCGGGGCUGGACGAAGAGCUGGGAAGCAACUGCAGCUCAUGGGAGACUUUAGCGAGGACCGUUGGAGUAUCAAGGCUGCCCCUGGACGAGCCCUGGAGCGUGGUGCGGCUGCUGGCCCCUGACGUGGGCGUCUUCAUCAUCUCAUUGGUCACCUUGGUGCUGGGCAACCGGCUGCUGAGACAGAGGGAGAGUGAGCCAUGCCAGCGUAAUGGCCUGGGUUCCAGUGUAGAGGAAGAUGAGGAUGAAGAGGACGAGGAGGAGGACGAGGAAGACGAAGAGGAGGAAGGCGAGUCGUCCGCCGGAGAGCCAGAGGGAGGCCCGUCCCCGGCAGCCCGCGCCGCCCUGCUGGUGACGCGGUUUCGGGCCACGGCCCGGCGGGUCCUGCGGGAGCUGGGUCGAGUCCUGGCCGUCGUCCUGCUGGCCCUGGCAGGAAUCACGCUGCCCUCAGCGUUCUCUGGCGUCUACUUCCUCCUGUUCCUGGCAGUGUGCACGUGGUGGGCCUGCCACCUUCCCAUCAGCCACCUGGGAUUCAACGUGGUCUGCGUGAUGGUGGGCUUCUUCACGGCGGGACACCUGGUGUGCCUCUAUCUGUACCAGAGCACCUAUGCCCAGGCCUUCUUACCAUUGGACACCCUGUGGGCCAGACUCUUCGGCCUGAAGGAGAUCAUCAUAGCCGGCAACUGCUCCUCCUCCUCCACCUCCUAUGACCUCAUCCUGAACAUGGAGCAUGAUUGGCCGGUGUAUGUCAACCCCGGGAUCCUGUUCCUGCUCUACAUCGCCGUGGCGAUUGUUGUGAAAAUGGGCUGCCCUGAAGAGCACAAAGCGGAAGCAGAGCCCCAAAAAAGGGGGUCGGGAGGAAGAGGCGUCCAGGAGGAAGAGGUGGAGCUGGAGUCCUGGCGGGCUUCGAGGCGGGACAGUGAGGAUGACACUAAGAGAUCCCUGCUCGCUGCUGGGGAGACGCCAGCGAGCGAGCCAGACCGCCCCGGAGAUCCCGCUGACAUCACUUCCUCUCAGCAAGACCGAGGUUCUCGUGGCGCCCCCACUGGACAGGACGGGGAUAACCCCUUUCAAGUGGUCGGUCGGCUAGUCUUGGAACAGAGCUACGUGUGCGCUCUGAUUGCGAUGAUGGUGUGGAGUAUCACCUACCACAGCUGGCUGACCUUUGUGCUGCUGCUGUGGUCGUGCCUGAUCUGGAUGCUGCGGGCGCGGCGGCGGUUCGCCAUGCUGUGCUCCCCCUUCAUCCUGCUGUACGGCGUCACCCUCUGCGGCCUGCAGUAUGUCUGGGCCCUGGACCUGGAGCCCGAGCUGCCCCAGACCUGGGGGACGCUGAGCCUCAGGCAGCUGGGCCUGUCCCACGACCCGCACCCCUGCCUGCGCCUGGGGGCCAUGCUGCUCUACACCCUGACCUUCUGGCUUUUGCUGCGGGAGUCGGUGAAGGACGGCUUCGGCAGGAAAAAGAGCUCUGCAGCGCCCCUGCUGGAGGUCACCAGCGGAGAGAGCAGCGAGCAGAAGCGGUCGAUCCUGCAGGCCCUGGGGCGAACGGUCAUGAGCUGCUACGCCAAGUACUGGAUCUACGUGUGCGGCGGCAUGUUCAUCAUGGUCAGCUUCGCGGGCAAGCUGGUGGGCUACAAGAUCGUCUACAUGCUGCUGUUCCUGCUCUGCCUCUGCCUGUACCAGGUAUACUACUCCUUGUGGCGGAGGCUGCUGAAGCCCUUCUGGUGGCUGGUGGUGGCCUACACCAUGCUGGUGCUCACCGCCAUCUACACCUUCCAGUUCGAGGAUUUCCCUGACUACUGGAAGAACUUCACCGGGUUCUCAGAGGAGCAGCUGGCGGACAUCGGCCUGGAGACGUUCAAGCUGUCGGAACUCUUCGUCAGCAUCCUCAUCCCCGGCUUCUUCCUGCUCGCCUGCAUCCUGCAGCUGCAUUACUUCCACCACCGCUUCAUGAAGAUCACCGACCUGGAGCACGUCACGCCCGUCCCCAGGGGGAGGAGCGCCCGCAAAGCAGAGGCGGCACAAGCCGGCAAUGGGGCGGGGCUUGAGGAGGAGAACCUGGACGAUGACCUGGGAGAUUACCAAUCAGAGGACGGAGAGGCAGUGCCCAGUAAGUGGGGUUUGGUGAUGGACCGGCUGAUGGUGCUGUUCUGGAAGUUCACGAAGAUCCUGACCCAGUUCCAGGUGUUCCUCUGGAGGGUGAUGGAGUUCCACAUCGUUAAGAUCCUGGCCUUCUUUGUCGUGUGGGUGGCUCUGGGAGAGCCCUCGGUGAUGAAUCUGGUUCUGGUGGUUCUGUGGACCUUUGCCAUGCCGUACUCCAGGUUCCGGCACAUGGCCUCCUGUCUCUCCACAGUCUGGGUCUGCAUCAUCAUCGUCUGCAAGAUGCUGUACCAGCUCAGCGUGGUCAACCCCACGGAGUACUCCAGGAACUGCUCAGUGCCCCUCCUCAAUGAAACCAACCUGGAGGAGGGCGAGAUCUUGAACUCCACGCUGUACAGGGAGCCCGUCGACCCGGCCAACUGGUUUGGGUUCCGGAAGGAUGCCACAGCGUUGGGGUACAGCCAGAACCACCUCCUGCUGCUGAUGCUCCUGGUGCUGGAGGCCACGGUGUACCGGCACCAAACUCACCACUACCGGCAGCUGCAGAAGUCCCCACCCCCGACCCCCGCCCUCUUCCCCCACACCACCAGAGACACCCUGGACCAGGGCCUGCUCAGCUCCUUCAAGUACCUGCUCAACUACUUCUUCUACAAGUUCGGCUUAGAGAUCUGCUUCCUGAUGAUGGUGAACGUGAUUGGACAGAGGAUGAACUUCCUGGCCAUCGUCCACAGCUGCUGGCUGGUGGUGAUCCUGACUCGCCGCCGGCGGUCGGUCAUCGCAAGGAUCUGGCCCAAAUACUGCCUGUUCCUGGCCCUCUUCAUGGUCUACCAGUACCUCCUGUGCGUGGGCAUCCCACCGGUCCUGUGCAUAGACUACCCCUGGCGCUGGAGCGCCCCGGUCACCCUCAGCUCUGCCCUCAUCAAGUGGAUGUACCUGCCGGACUUCUACUCCAUCCCCCGUGCCAAAAACCUGAUGGCGGACUUCCUGCUCCUCAUGUGUGCCUCGCAGCAGUGGAAGGUCUUCGAGAACGAGAAGAGAGAGGUGUGGAUGGUGCUGGCUGGAGAGAACAGGGACGACCCCAAUCCCAUGAAGGGGCGGCCCAUCAACCCUGUGCCCAACUUCAUCAACUGCAGGUGUUACCUGGACAUGGCCAAGGUGCUGUUCUUUCGCUACAUGUUCUGGUUGGUGCUGGCGGUGGUGUUCGUGACGGGCGCCACGCGGAUCAGCUUCUUCGGCCUGGGCUACCUGCUGGCCUGCUUCUACUUUCUGCUGUUCGGCACGCAGAUGCUCACCAGGUCCGCCCAGAGCCGGCUGCUCAUGUGGGACUGUCUCAUCGUCUACAACGUGGCCGUCAUCAUCUCCAAGAACAUGCUGUCCAUCCUGGCGUGUGUGUUCGUGGAGCAGAUGCAGGCUCGUUUCUGCUGGGUGAUCCAGCUCUUUAGCUUGGCGUGCACUGUCAAGGGCUACUACGACCCCAGUGCAAUGGACGGUCAGGACUGCAGUCUGCCUGUGGAGGAGGCGGGCAUCAUCUGGGACGGCAUCUGCUUUUUCUUCCUCCUGCUCCAGAGGAGAGUCUUCCUCAGCUUCUACUUCCUGCAUGUGACUGCAGACCUGCUGGCCUCGGCACGCCAGGCGUCCCGGGGCUUUGAGCUCUUCAAGGCCAGCAUCGUUAAGAGCAUGAAGUUCCACCGGGAGGUCGAAGCCAGGUCCCUCUCUCAGCUCAAGAGAUCAAUGGAGCGCAUUCAAGCCAAGCAGAAAAAGCUGAGGGAGGGGCAUCUGGCUUCUGAGAGCAAGGAUGAGGAGCCGCCAGCAGAAGCUGAUGUGAGCACAAAGACCUCCAAGCAGAAAAAGAAGUGGUGGCGACCGUGGCUGGACCAUGCCACAGUGCUGCACUCAGGGGAGUAUUACCUGUUUGAGUCGGACAGCGAGGAGGAGGACGAGGCCGAAGAACAGAAGCCAGACAAACAGAGUGCCUUCCAGUUGGCAUACCAGGCCUGGGUGUCCAAUGCCAAGAUGGCGCUGAAAGAUCGACAGCGACGGAAGGAAGAGCAGCGGCUUCGCAGCUCCCAGGCAGCAGCUGCUGUGGCAGGUGAAGGUGAGGAAGAGGAGCUCAAAUUUGAGGCAUCUCCGACACAGGAAGAGGAAGAGUCAGGGGAGAAAGGUGGUUCAGGGAGGAGGGACUUUGUGCAGAGAAUACUGGAUAUCCUGAGGUUCUUGUGGGUGCUCUUCCUGGCCAUGGUGGACGGCCUGACCCAGUGGCUGGACACGCUGACUAAGCAGUACGUGGACACCUCCACCGUGCUGUGCAACGAGCGCUACUUCAUCAUCCGGAGCAUGGAUCAGCGUUCACCUAGAGAGAACAUGGAGUGUGACCGGGAUUCCCAGGUGACCGAGAUCCCCACCAUAGAGAUCUGUCUGGAUGAGCUGGCCCCUGAGAGCAGCAGCAGCGCCACCCGUUGCUUGGAGCCGGAUACUGCAGACCCAGAGAGGACUACAGCCGGGACUUCCGGCCACAGCGGCGCCGCCCUUUGUCCAGGACCUUACCUGGAGGUGGAGGCGGGGCCAGAACCACAGUCCAGACAGCGCUCCCAGUAUUUCAGGACCGCCAGCGCGCUGCUGGCCGACAGCCCGGUGGACAUAGAGGAGCUGGCCCAGAGCCGGGAGUUCUACGCCUCUCAGAACCGGGCCCUCAAGCUGCUCUUCGCCCUCUACAACCUGCUGGCGGCACACUCGGAGCUGGUGUGCUACUUCAUCAUCGUGCUCAACAACAUGGUGACAGCCUCCGUCAUCUCGCUGGUGCUGCCCAUCCUCGUCUUCCUCUGGGCCAUGUUGGCCGUGCCCCGACCCACCAAGAGGUUCUGGAUGACCGUCAUCGUCUACACCGAGGUGAUGGUGGUGGUGAAGUACCUCUUCCAGUUCGGCUUCUUCCCCUGGAACAGCGCCUACGAGCUCAAGCUGAACGAGGACAAGCCCUUCUUCCCUCCCCGCAUCCUGGGGCUGGAGAAGACCGAGCGCUACAUCCGCUACGACCUGCUCCAGCUGCUGGUCCUGUUCUUCCACCGCUCGCUGCUCCAGCGCUAUGGUCUGUGGGAUCGCGAGGAUCCCCUGGGCCAGAAGGCUGACGGACAAGGGGAGGGGGCUGCGAAGGGGGCUGGGGAGGGGGCUGGGGAGGGGGCAGCAGAGGGGCAGGAGUCCCAGCCCGUCCCUGGACCCCCCCUCAUCGAGCUGGAGGAAGCCAAACCGAGCCAAGACGAGGAGACGGAGCCCGACGAGGACCGUGACCCUCCCCCCGCUGCGGAGGAGGAGACUGGGGAGAGGAAGAGGAGGAGCUGGCUGCGAUUGCGCAAGAGGAAGAAGCACGAUAAAGAAACCUCCACGGAGGUCAAAGACGCUAAGGAGACAAAGAAGAAGAAGAAGAAGAAGACGGGAGGCAAGCGGAGAAAAGCAGCAAGCAAGAAGAUGAAGGUUCUGGGAGAGAAAGUGAAGCUCCUGCUCCUCUCCACGGUGCGUAGCAUCUACAGGCCUAUAUAUGGGUUCUUCCAUGGCAUCCUCCACACGGAGUACCGCCCCACCACCGACGUGUACGUCCUGAUGUUCCUCGCGGACGUGGUGGACUUCAUCGUCGUCAUCUUCGGAUACUGGGCCUUUGGAAAACACUCGGCUGCUGUGGACAUCGCCUCCACGCUAUCUGACGACCAGGUGCCCGAGGCCUUCCUGGUGAUGCUGCUCAUCCAGUUCAGCACCAUGAUCAUCGACCGCGCCCUCUACCUGCGCAAGACCGUCCUGGGCAAGCUCUUCUUCCAGGUCGUCCUGGUCUUCGGCAUCCACUUCUGGAUGUUCUUCAUCCUGCCGGCGGUGACUGAGCGAAUGUUCAGUCAGAACCCAGUAGCCCAAAUCUGGUACUUCGUCAAGUGCAUCUACUUCGCCCUCUCGGCCUAUCAGAUCCGCUGCGGCUACCCAACCCGCGUCCUGGGUAACUUCCUCACCAAGAAGUACAACCACCUCAACCUCUUCCUCUUCCAAGGCUUCCGGAUGGUUCCAUUCUUGGUGGAGCUUCGAGCCGUGAUGGACUGGGUCUGGACCGACACCACUCUCUCCCUCUCCGACUGGAUGUGCGUGGAGGACAUCUACGCCAACAUCUUCAUCAUCAAGUGCAGCCGGGAGACGGAGAAGAAAUAUCCACAGCCUAGAGGUCAGAAAAAGAAGAAGAUUGUGAAGUAUGGGAUGGGAGGGCUCAUCAUCUUCUUCCUCAUCUGCAUCAUCUGGUUUCCGCUGUUAUUCAUCUCAUUGGUCAGAUCAGUUGUGGGUGUGGUCAACCACCCAGUUGAUGUAACAGUUGCGGUCAAGCUGGGGGGUUAUGAGCCCCUGUUCACUAUGAGCGUCCAACAGCAGUCAAUCCAGCCCUUCACUGAAGAGGAAUACGACAGCCUCGCCUCCCAGUUUGCCAAUAAUGCCGUGGCGAUGCAGUUCAUCUCCCUGUACAGUUAUGAGGACAUCGUGACGGCCCGGAUCGAGGGCAGCUCGGGGUCCGUGUGGCGGAUCAGCCCACCGAGCCGGCGGAAGGUCAUCAAGGAGCUGCUGAGUAACCGCGGCGACAUGACGCUGCGCUUACACUGGAACCUCCAGAGGGACCUGGGGAAAGGGGGCACAGUGGAGUACGCCCUGGACACACACUCCAUCGAGCUGGAGCCCGGCAGUCCGGUGCGGGAGGGCCUGGCCGCGCUGCUGGUGGGGAACCGCACCAAGCCGGUGCUCGUCCCGCACAUGUUCCCGAACUUCAUCCGGGCCCCGAACGGAGCGGAGGCGAAGCCCAUCAGCCAGCUGUACGACGGAGACGAGGAGGGCUACGAGAACGUGACCCUGUCCCUGAAGCAGGACCGCGCCCUGGACGGCAGCGGGGUGCAGGAGUGGUGGGACGUCAGCGUGGCCAACUGCAACCGCUCCAGAGAAAGCUGCGGCGACCUGCCCAUGGUCAUCUUCAGCGACAAAGUCAGCCCCCCCAGCCUGGGCUUUCUGGCCGGAUACGGGAUCAUGGGGCUGUACGUGUCCGUGGUGCUGGUGAUCGGGAAGUUCGUGCGGGGCUUCUUCAGCGAGGUCUCGCACUCCAUCAUGUUCGAGGAGCUGCCGUGCGUGGACCGCAUCCUCAAGCUGUGCACCGACAUCUUCCUGGUGCGGGAGACCGGGGAGCUGGAGCUGGAGGAGGAGCUCUUCUCCAAGCUCAUCUUCCUCUACCGCUCCCCCGAGACCAUGAUCAAGUGGACCAGGAGCAAAGACUCUGAGGACUAAGAGGAGACCCCAGCCGACUGGCUGCGCCCCCUCUCCCCCCAAGCUCUCAUUGGCUGAUGGCUCCCAGUGGCUGCUACCCCAUGUCUCGGCUGAAUGAACUCAAGCAAUUGGGUAGGGGCAGGGGGAGGGAGAGGGGGAGAGGGAGGUGACGUUUUGUUGACCGACGCACACGCUGGCUGUUGCGACCGCAGCAGGCUGACCGAAUCCGACUGCGGGGCAGACUGCGCUCUUACCCGGGUUCGAGCCCGCGGAGCCCCUUGCCAGUUUGUAAGGAGGCCGGUGUGGACCGGGGCAUCCGCUCUCGCCUCUUCGAGGCCCCCCAGUCCGGGUCUCGUUCCCUUUCACCCCACCUAUCAGCACUCUCUCGCAUGGCGGCCCCAGAAGGUUACCUCAGGGGAGGUAACCCCCCCCCACCCCACCCCCCCACUGCAUCGAGUCUGCCAGCUGCCACAAGACUUGGACAAGUACCCAGUGGUUUCUGUGAGGGGACAAAGCGCGAUGACAAUCCCAAGCAGAACCAUGGCUGUUCAGACCGAUAUGCAGUCCGAUGGCGUGGAAGUGGCUUUUUUCUAUGUUAAUACUGUAUCUGGUUACGGGCUUACUUACUGACUGCAGUGAGACGAUGACUUGAAUUCUUCUGUGAACCAUUUCAAAAUUAUUUUUACAAAGGAAAAAAAAAAUCUGCCUUAUUUUUCUGAAAUCUCUAUGUAUGGUAGUCGCCACUACAAUCACCGAUAUGCACCCUCACUUCAAAUCAUCUUUUUUUUUUUGGCUGUACUUUAUACAAAUUAUUUAUUUUUACAUGCUCUCUAAAGAAAUUACAGCCUUGCUGGAAUUCCCAAACUGCAGUCGUUUUUAGGCUGUAGAGGAAUGCAGACAAAGACAUUCUUAAAUGUUAAUGAUUCGGUUCAGACAUUGGGUGUACUGUUCAUUUGCAAAAAAAAAUAAAUGACAGUUGGUAUUCCUGAGCAGGAAACCACAUGUUA